UGAAGGGAGGGGCGAGGGGUGGGUGGAGCAGAGGGGUAGGUGUUUACAAAAACAGUCCAGAUCUGUCACUUUAUCUCUUUUAAGCAUUUUCACCUGUUCACAACAUAAUUUGACAUCCUACUUGAAUCAAACGUAUGAGUCAUUAAGUUGUUUAUUAUCUGAUGCAUUUAUUCUCUACUUGAAUGAAUGUACAAUGACUGUCUCAACACUCUCUCAUGUUUCGGAAGUCCUUGGAAUACCAAAGAGUUAUCUUCGUGCACCGAUUGUGGACCACAUUGUCGAUGCAACUGUUCACAAAACAUGGAUGAGGACGCUGAUUCAAACUGGCCAAACACCUGAAUUUAUUACCCAUGAUACAUUUGGAGAGGAUGAGGUUCGGUCUUGGGUACAGCAGGGAGAAGACUUGGGACCAGAUUGGCGUCGUUAUCGUUUAAGGGUCAUUCUGAAACAAGCUAAACAGGUUAUACCUCUUCCUCGAUUACGAUCUACAGCUAACAAUACUAAUGACAAUAGCUCUGGAGAAACUGUUCUCUCUUAUGGUGAAUUACUUCACUACAUUAGUCAUACUAAUCAUAGAAACAUGUGGAAGGAUAUGUAUAAAAAGUAUUAUCCUGAUCGGAAUAUGGUCAAAGAAACAAAUGAGGAACCUCAUAUAAACUUAGUUGGCUUUGACUCAGCAUUGAGAGAUGUAAUUGCUCGCACAUAUGGGUGUAUGAUCAUCAACCUUAAUAGUGGCCCUGAAUUGGAUUUUAGUCAACGAACGCGACGUAAUUUACACAAGCUUGAACCUCAUUGUAACAUUCUACCUGCUACUGUUGCUAUUGAGACUGAGAGCUCCUUUAUAUUAUUAUUUCACCCAUUCAUACCCUACACGUUGCAGGAUUGUGUCAGCUUCAGUCCAGCAAUUCUUGGCUCAUGUCACACAAAACCUCUUUUCAUUUUGUAUCAGUUAUUGCAAGCCAUGUGCACACUUCAUGACAGAGGUCUUGUCCUUGGGAAUGUCACACUAAGUGACAUUUUACUGUCACAAAAUCUUUGGAUUCAGGUCAUUCCUUCUUUAGAAGAUAAUAUUUAUGACAUUCCCUUAGAAUGUGAAUCAAGUUUCCUUAAAGAUUGCAACAAAGCAGAAGGCAGAAGUAAUUCUGAUAACUUCUCCUUUACUGAUGAGAAUGUUCUUUUGAAAACUGAUGCUGUAUGUCCUGAUGACUCCUGUAAACACACAAAAAAGGUGGAAUGCUCUAAAGACCAGUGUAUUGGGUUGGAGAAAGCUUGUCACUCAUGGAUUACUGGUCAAAUGUCCAAUUUAGAAUACAUUACCCAGCUGAAUCGUUUGGCGGGACGUAGACUUGGUGAUCCCACUUGCCACCAUGUUUUGCCUUGGGUCUCAGAUUUUUCAGGCCCUAAUGGGGGCAACUGGAGAGACUUUACCAAGUCCAAAUUUCGACUGAACAAAGGUGAUCGUCAACUUGAUUUGACCUAUGACAUUGCCGCAAGCAGCUCACAGGUUCCUCAUCAUGUUUCUGAUGUCCUAUCUGACAUAACUUACUAUGUUUAUUUGUCUCGGAAGACACCCAAAUCUGUGUUAUGUAAAGUUGUAAGAUCAACAUGGGUCCCAGCAGAGUAUCCAUCCUCUAUUCAACGUAUGCAAGAAUGGACUCCGGAUGAAUGUAUUCCGGAAUUCUUCAUGGAUGCCUCAGUUUUCAAGUCCAUUCAUGAAGAUUUGCCUGAUUUAGAGAUUCCAAGCUGGGCUUCAAGUCCUGAAGAGUUCAUUGAAAAACAUAGGGAGAUGUUGGAGUCCCCUUAUGUUUCUGAAAGACUGAAUCACUGGAUUGAUCUAACAUUUGGUUACAAACUGUCAGGAGCUGCAGCUGUGAAGGCAAAGAAUGUGUGCUUACAUUUGGUUGACAGCCACACAACUUUAAACAGUUCUGGUGUUGUUCAAUUGUUCACUCAGCCUCAUCCACAGAAAGUUUGUGCUUCACCCUACUGGGGAAAGGUGCCUCCUCGAAUCAUUUCUCCCCUGAAGGGUGCAAGAAUUGAACGUGAAAGUGCAGAUGAGGAGUUCAGUGGUUCUGGUUUUGAUGAUGAAGACUCAAAUAUAGCUCCCUCAUCAAGUCAUAAUAAGCCAUCUCCUUUGGUGCUCACUCGCUUCCUAAGUCGAUCCCGUGGAUCCCUAUUGACUCCAUCUGCUGAAGACAUGCCUUCCUCUAAUCCAAUCCUCUCAAAAGCCACAUGUCCUACCAAUGUCCAAGGCAACCCAGGAGCUGUUGGUGCUGCAAACUCUACAAUUUAUUUGCCACGAGAUUUUCAUCCAGUUAGUGCCUUGCAGGCUGUUGAGUCAUUACACACCUUCUUAGGGAAGACGUUUCAUCAUGGUGUUACAGAAGAUUCUUCUGUUACAUUUGAUGGGGAACAUAGGCCUGUCACUAGAUAUAAAUUACAAAUUGUUGCUUCAAAGAGAUUUAAAGAAAUGCAGGUUUUGGGUUGUUUGAUUGUUGAGUUGUUUUUAGCUGGUCGAAUAAGAGCAUCAGCCACCUCACAUGAACAACGUCUCCAAGUAUGCCAAUCAGUUGCUCGCCAUUGUGGCGAUCAGUUACCCCGUUGUGUGAGACAAGUUGUUUUCUUGUUGCUGCAACUCCCUAGUCCUCUGGCUGGAGAAGACUCAGACUGUUCUAAUCUUAACAGUGCUGGGUUUCGAUAUCCACUAAUUUCUACAAAUGGAUUGCCACCUCCUUCUGCUCAUCAAUUCUUGCAGCCCUCUCUUUCCUCAAUGCUCAUUGCCUUCCCCAAACACUUCCUGACUGUAUUUGGUUUGUUGAAAAAGACACAGGACUAUGCAUCUCUUUCGCGAGAACUUUGUUACCAGGCGGAACUUGUGGAUGGUCAGGAGGAUGACAUCCAAAUGUUAUCCGACAAACUUCAAGAAUGUUGGGUCAAGACUGUUGCCCAUGAUUUAACCUUAAUAUUACCACUGCUAGACACAUCCUUAGUCCAUCUGCUACUUCCACACAUCAGACAGUUAAUGGAAGAUCCCAAUUCUGCGGUUGUUGCCACAUGGUAUCUCUUUGAUCCAAUAGCUCAAGCUUUGGGUCCAUCUGCAACUUGCACUCAUCUUUUGGACACAAUCCUCAAACUUUACAGUGAAUUUCGUAUCAAUGAUGACAAUAUGAAGGAUUGUGGUGGUUCUGUGGAUAAUGAGAAGAUCCUUAGUAGGCAUGUAAAGCAAGCUAAACUUUUCCAUCGUACCUUUCUUCUGCGCCUGCUAGUUCGGUUUGGCUUAAAGGCUUUCCUUGACAACUUUAUUACACCUUUAGUGGAAGCUGUGGGAGGCUACCAUGAAACUGCUCGUCAAACUAACUCAGCAUUCAAUGACAAUGGAAUGCGUUUGCGGGGGAACAUGGCUUCUUCUCCUCAUGGCUUGAAUGAACCAUCACUUUUAGAUGUCGGUGAUGCUGCUAAUCAAGAUUCAUCUGUGGGAAAGUCCCUUAACUCUGGAGGUUUUCUGUCACCCAUGGAAGAUGAUUUAUCAGGAGGGGAAAAUGAGACAGAAAAGCCUCAGAAACCAAGUACAAAUCAAGAUGGCAGUGGGGUGGAAACUGAGGUGGAACCAGAAAUGUUUGUUCUUGAUGCUGAUGAUGAUUCAGCUCCUCUAGAUCGUCUCAUGGAUCAAUUAGAUUUUCAACCAGAUGAUACUGACGAUUAUGAAGAUGCACACCCAUUUGAUUCUAAUGCUGGUCCAAAGUCCCCAACAAUACCAAUUCCAGGAAAUUCUGGCACAAGCUAUGAGUCUAGAAUGUUCUCUAGCGAUUGUGAGGAUGCAAAGAAUGAUGGAGAUGAAUUUGAUGGCAAUCUUUCACAUGCAUCAGUAGCAAAAACUGAUGAUGAGUGCUCUAUUGGUCUGUCUGGUACACGAUCUGCUAUGAAAUUUGAUAAGGAUUUUAAGGUCAGUGACGUCAGUACCGAAUCCUUGAUAUGGCUGGCCCACAGAUUGGGGCCUGUGCUGACUGCUCGUUACCUCUCUAGAAAUCUUUUGCGGAUGCUCACCCUAUGCUACUUACGUGUAGAGAACUUGCAACCAGUUCCUACAUCUGGGAACACUUUUCCAUCUCCCGAUACUCUCCAAAUUGUAGGAUGGAACAUAGUGGGAGAUCAGAAUGCAACUAAUGUUUUGGAAUGUUUAUCAACAAUUUCAGCUCUCUAUGGAGAACAAUUGAUUGUACUUCAAUACUUGCCUCACAUGGGUGAACUUAUUGCACAUUGCAGAAGGAAACUUACUCAAAAUCUUGAGGCAGGAUUAGUUGGCUGUCUUGCUUUAUUACGCCACAUCAUUCCAUACAUGACUGAUAAUACUUUAAUGGAUCAAUUACAGGAUGUAAUUUUAAAGACAAUUCUUCACCCUUCUGUGCGGCUUUUGUCAACCACCAGAAUGGCCUAUCCUUCAGGCUGGGCUGCACGCAUGGCAGUCACAACCAAGUUUUGUGAUGCCUUGUACCUGUUGUCCCUGCGUCUUGGAAGAGAGAUGACUCACCGGCAUCUUGCAGUUCCAGCAUUGCAAAGAUUCUUUUUAACUUUUAGCAAAGCUCAUGUUGAUAGAGAAAAUGCCAUGGCUCUGUCAGCUACACCCAAUUCUAAUGCCUCAGGAGAUGGUCUUCUUAUGGAAAGUGUUGCUCAAAGAGACACAGUGAGCCCUAUGAGAUCCUUAGAAGAAUCUAGUUAUCUUGAAAUUAGAAGAGACGGUACUAUCACAGAAUGGGCUGUGCGACGUGGUGUUCCUGUUCAAAUAACACAUGUCAGGAGCCGUUCCAAGAUAUGCGACAGCGAAUCUGCUGAUUCGUAUUCACCACCACAAGCCCUUAAAAAAUCUCAAACUGAAGAAGAAGCCAAUUCAGUUGGAGUUGAUUUUGAUCCUAUUCGUACACAUGCUCAAGAAGAACUCCGAUUAGUAUUCAGCCCUCAGUUAGCACACUUGGUCUACAUUCCCUUUUUCAGAUUCUUGGGUGGGCCAGUGGUUGAACAGUCUCUUAAAAAUCAUUUGUUAAUUCAGGAUCUUUGUUUUGAGUAUGAGCAAGAGAUGCAGCAUGUUGGACCCAGUGGUGUUCCAGAUGACAUGUUCUAUCUUUCGGACUAUUUGUCACCUCCUACUCCUUUAGAUAUGGAGAGAGCUGGAUCUGGAAGUUUUGGCACUAAUGUUGCAUUGGUUGGCAAUCGCAUCGAACUUCAGCGGCCAGAUAUUCGAAGUGGAGGUUCUAGUGUUGAACAAGUACAACAUGAGGCAAUGAUCCAAGCUGAUCUUAGGGUUGAAACAAGUCCCACAAGGCAUUUGAGAGGAAAUUGGCUUGCCUAUUGGGAGCAUGAAAUUGGCAGAGCAGAGAAGGACUCACGGUUUAAUUUUAAACAGAUCAAGCUUCAAACUUUUGCUGGGCACACAAAUGCAGUUCGAAGCAUUGUGGCUUUGGGAAAUGAAAAUAGCUUCCUGAGUGCUAGCAGAGACAAAACAGUAAAGUUGUGGUCUCUGAGAAGUCAGGGGGAUGGAAGUACCAUUUCACAGUGUCAGUGGAAUUUCACUGGACAUCGUAAAUCAAUAAUCUCUUUGACAUUUAUUGAAUCUCUGAGACUCGUUGCAUCAUGUGACUCUGUUGUCCAAAUAUGGGACCCAUGGUAUGGUAGGGUGGUGAGCAGUCAACCAGGCGAAUCACUUGGAGGCUCUGUGUCAACUAGAAACCCUCCUCCCAUCAAUGUCUUGAGGGCAUUGCCUGCGCCCUCUUCAUCAAUCUUAGCUGCAACAACGGAUUCAACUCUACGGCUCUUGGAUGCCCGAUUAUGCCUGUACAUCAACCAGUUAAAGGUAUCUUUGACUCCAGUUGGUCUUGUCCGUUGCAUCGCUAUUGGUCCCAGUGGAUUUUGGGCAGCUGUUGGUCAGUCAUCUGGCUUUCUAACAAUCCUUGAUAUUCGCACUGGACUUGUUAUUGCUUCCUGGAAAGGCCAUGAAGGAGAGGUUCUUCAGUUAGUGGCUGUAAAUGAUACUACAUUGGUCAGUUCCUCAUUAGAUCAGACAGUUUCUGUUUGGAAUGCUGUUGAUGGCAAACUUAGGUUUCAUUUAAGGGGCCCAACAGAGCCUGUGCACUGCUUAGGUGCUUACUGCUCCGAACUCAUAUCUGGAACCACAGCUAAUAGAAUUGGGGUUCACACUGCAAUAGACUCUGCUGCAUCAUUUUCUUCAACUCGUCUUCGAUCGGAUACUUUCCGCGGAGUUUUAACUACCAUGGCUGUUUUGCCGUCCAAUCGCCUUCUCCUUCUUGGUGCUGACAGUGGAAUUAUUACACUGCUGUCAUAGUAAAAAUAAAUUGAAUGAACUUAAAAUAAAUUAUGGUUGUACUUGUAAAUUAUGGGAUCAAUAAUACACAAAGCCUAAGACUUGUUGUCUGUGAUAUAUUAUCUAUAUUGUAUCAAUUAAAUGUAACUUAAGACUAUGCAUUGGAAUAAAAAAACAAAAA